GCUCCCGUGAUUAUUAUUCCCUUCAUUCCACAACGAACCUGAAAAAUCACCUCACCAUAACUAACUUAACCACUAAAUGAGAGCAGCAUCAAAGCUCAUAUCCUCCACUCAUCCAUCCCUCCAUCUCUCCCAUCCAACGCCCGAUUCCUUCACCUGGAACACUCUCAUUCGGGCCCACACCCGAUCCGUGGCUCGCCCCUCCCUCUCCGUCUACCUCCGUAUGCGGCUCCAUGCCGUCCUGCCCGAUCUCCGCACCUUCCCUUUCCUCCUCCAAUCCUUCGCCUCUCCUUCCAAUCUCCAAUCCGGUAAACGAACUCACGCUCACAUACUCCGCUCGGGCUUCGCUUCUGACGCCUUUGUCCAGACCUCCCUCAUCAAUAUGUACUCCACUUGCGGGUGUCUAGAUUCUGCCCACCAAGUGUUUGGUGAGAUUCCCCUACCCGAUUUGCCAUCUUGGAACUCUAUCAUCUCUGCAAAUGUGAAAUCGGGAUUUGUUGGUGUUGCGCGCCACAUGUUUGAUGAAAUGCCGCAGAGGAAUGUUAUUUCUUGGAGUUGCAUGAUUGAUGGGUAUGUGAGGUCUGGUGAUUGCAAAGAAGCGCUUGCAUUGUUUAGGGAUAUGCAGUUGUUGGAGGUGGAGGAAGUUCGUCCGAAUGAAUAUACCAUGUCAAGUGUUCUUUCAGCAUGUGGGCGGUUGGGUGCAUUGGAGCAUGGGAAAUGGGUACAUGCUUAUAUUGACAAGUGUGGGAUGGAAGUUGACGUUGUGUUGGGGACUUCGUUGAUAGAUAUGUAUGCAAAGUGUGGGAGCGUUGAAAGGGCAAGACAGGUGUUUACAGAACUGGGUUGGAAGAAGGAUGUGAUGGCUUGGAGCGCCAUGAUUUCGGGUCUAGCUAUGCAUGGGCAUGGGAAGGAGUGCCUUGAUUUGUUCUCACGGAUGCAGGAUCAGUGGGUGAGGCCUAAUGCAGUCACAUUCUUGGCCGUUCUGUGCGCUUGUGUCCAUGCAGGUCUGGUGAGUAAGGGCAUGGAGUACUUUGAGAUGAUGAGAGAGGAAUUCGGUAUCACCCCAACGAUUCAACACUAUGGUAGCAUUGUGGACCUCUAUGGAAGAGCUGGCCUUAUUGAGAAGGCAUGGGAUGUUGUGAAGUCUAUGCCCAUGAAGCCUGAUGUGCUCAUCUGGGGAGCUCUUCUAAGCGGGUCGAGAAUGCAUGGUGAUGUUGAGAUGUGUGAAUUUUCUAUCAAACAGCUUAUUGAAUUGGAACCGAAUAAUAGUGGUGCCUAUGUGCUUCUAUCCAAUGUUUAUGCCAAAAUGGGCAGGUGGGAGGAUGUAAGAUAUGUGAGAGAUCUUAUGGAAGCUAAGGGUAUUAGGAAGGUGCCUGGGUGUAGUAUGGUUGAGGUUGGUGGCAUCCUCCAUGAGUUCUUUGUGGGGGAUGAAUCUCACCCAGAGACCAGAGAGAUCUAUCAGAUGCUUGAGGAGAUCAUGAAGAAAUUAAAGUUGGCAGGUUAUGUAGGGAAUACUAGAGAGGUUUUGUUAGAUUUGGAUGAGGAAGGAAAGGAGCUGGCAUUGUCCCUUCACAGUGAGAAGUUAGCCAUUGCUUUUAGUUUCAUCAAGACAAGGCCUGGCACACCAAUACGCAUUGUUAAGAACCUUAGGAUAUGUGUCGAUUGCCAUGUUGCUAUUAAGCUCAUAUCUAGGGUUUUCAAUAGGGAGAUUGUCGUAAGAGAUUGCAACCGCUUUCACCAUUUUAGAUAUGGAUUGUGCUCUUGUAAAGAUUACUGGUGAUUCAGCCCCUUCUUUUGAAAACCAUAAUAGAUUCAGGACAAUCAAGAAGGAUGGUGGCUCAUUCAUGGAAAGCGCAAAUGAGAUUGUAUACAUGGGGUUAGAAUAAUACUUUAUAGCAUGUUGGUCUGAAUCCUUCAUGUAAACAGAACUAAUUUUUUGGCAUUUGUCGCCAUGUUAGGAUGGGGAACAGCCAUGAAAAGAGAACUUACUGAAGAAGGUCACUGAAGGCAAUGUAUACAAAGGGCAGUUUGGUUUUGAGGUUUUGACUGUAAGGAGUGUGCCUGAAACAGCAGCAGCUUCAGACUGCCGUGCUCAGCUGAUAGACUAUAAUCUUCAUCAGAAAUUAGUACAAAAUAAUCCUACUUGUGAGAGUCCAACAUAGGAGGAUUGCCAUUUACAAUUAGAGGAAUCAAUUUGUCCGUUUAAUAACUGAAUUUGGGAUUCUGAGUGUUGGAAAUCCUCUAGCAAUCAAAACCCAAGGACUGGAAGUAUUUUAUCAAUCAAAACCCAAGGGAGUCUAAAGACAUUUCAAGCACCAUAUCAGAAGCCACUGCAUCAAGACUGCAAUAAUCAGCCAAACUGACUGACUUCUGAGUGACUUGGGUCCCUUAAAUGAAUGGUGUGUUGAGUUUGUUGUAGUGAUCAUGCUCACAUCCUCGCUCGUAUUUGUGACUCUGCAAGUUCACACAAUGAAAGCUGCAUGGCUUUGGGAACACAACCUCACAACCACUGUAAAAGAGGAGAUGAACGGGAAGACUGAUUAGCGUCCAAAGCAUGUAAGGAAAAAAAUAUUCUAUAUUUAUGUAUUACACCACACUACUUAUCCCCCCCCUC